AUGUCUUCAUCAAAGCGUAACCGAAUGCUUCCUCACCGUAAUCGACAGCAUGUUCUCCGGCCCAUGGUCCAACCUCUAGGCCCAUCACCAUCUCGUCCGCAAAACGACACAAAUCGACCGUCAACUGCGCCCGUCGCCAAAGCCUCAAGACCUGAACCAUCCCCGUCUUCGAAGCCCUUUCCCUUCUUCAAACUGCCUGGUGAGAUCAGAAACCGGAUCUAUGAUCUCGUCAUUCCCGAAGCUCGGGUCAUCAUUUCGGCCAACCACCCUCAGAAAGAACUUCAACUGAUGAAGCGACGAGAACCUCUCAAGAAACACAAGCCACCACCUCACCGUCUGCUUGGUCAGUUCACUAGCAACCCAACUGAGUCUGGUCUUCUCCUGAGCUGUCGUCAGAUGAACCGGGAAGCCGUCAAGUUCAUCUAUUCCAGAACCACCUUCUGCUUUGACCGAGUAGUCGUGUUGCGGAGUUUUCUCAAGACCAUUCCUGAACAGGCUCGCGCAAGCAUCCAAGCACUCGAGAUCACCCAUGUUGGCUAUGCCGAACCCACCUGGCUGGCGGAUCGAAGGUGGAAAUUGAGACAUGACGCGAAAUGGGCCAUGGUUUUACGACAGAUCCAGGAGCAGGUGACCUCGCUUCGCCAUCUGACGCUUGAUGUCACAUUCUUCGAUUGGCCCUGCCGACUUGAUUUUUCUGAAAAUUGGGCUCGUCCUUUUCUGGAUCUGGCCGGCAACGGCCUGCACCGCGUGGACUUUACUCUGGCUCACGAGAGGUUCCACCCAGUCAAGGUAGCGGCAACGGCCAAGGAGCUGGAGAACAAUAUGAUGAGUGUCGAAGGGAGAAAGACUAGAAGACGAGACGAGAAGCGCAGGGCGGAGAUGGAGAAGAAGCGGCUCGAGGAAUCCAAGCGCAAAGCGACCAAGGCCUUGAAGAUCAGACUCCCGCUCGGGAACGAAACUUCAAAUGUGAACAUACCACCUAAGAAAGUGGUCAAGAGUAAAGGCCUGGAGCAAUACGCCGUGGCACAACCCCCAGUGGCAUAUUGUUGA